AUGGGCCCUAAACUCUGUUCCUUUAAUCUCCCAUUCUUAUUCUUAGGCUUCCCUGAAAAGAAAUUGCCAUGCCGCAACAUUUCUGGAAUGAGCUGCGAAGAGUACAUGUCGUGUUCAGCAUGGGACAUGGUCGGAUACAGACAACUGGGUCUAUCAUCCGGUUCGGGUCCACCCAUGUGCUGUGCGGUCGGAUUUGAAUCCGUGAAAGCAAUUAAUCUAAGUAAGUUGGAGUGUGAAGGAUACAUUAGUGCAUACAAUCUCGCACCGUUGAAGCUCAGAGGACCUUCUGAUUGGGCUUAUGGUAUACGAGUCAAGUACGAGCUACAAGGAAGUGAUGCCUUUUGUCGCGCGUGUGUUGCAACUUCAGGGACUUGUGGCUACGAAUCUACCGAUGGUGGAGGGCUUAGGCAUCUUUGCAUCUGCGACCACCACAAUUCUACCACAAACUGUGACUCAGUUAUAACACCAACCGGUGCAUCUUCAAGUGUUCGACCAAAACUUAUGGGAUCACUGAUCUUCUUUUUCAUAACUAUGAACAUAAACCUUCAAAGAAGACAAUGAGUUACUCAUUAAUAAAGACAAACUAUCGCUUAUAUACAGAAGAACCCAAAAAACUUAUAUUGAUUAGAAUCAUAUAUAUGCCUGGAC